GACUGUUUGUCAUCUAAUUUAGAAAUCUAUUUUUUUUAUUAUAAUAUUAGUUAAACCCGUUGUUUUAUUUAUUUUAUAAAUAUGUCUCGACCUGGCGAUAGACCAAAUCAAGCUCAGACAUAUAAACUUGUCGUGGUCGGCGGUGGCGGGGUGGGAAAAAGUGCAAUUACAAUACAAUUCAUUCAGAGUUAUUUCGUGACUGAUUAUGACCCCACCAUUGAGGACAGUUAUACUAAACAGUGUGUCAUUGAUGAUUCACCAGCAAAGUUGGACAUUCUAGACACGGCUGGCCAGGAGGAGUUCAGUGCUAUGCGCGAGCAGUACAUGAGGUCCGGCGAAGGAUUCCUCCUGGUGUUCUCAGUGGCAGAUCACGCGAGCUUCGAUGAACUUUACAAAUUCCACAAGCAGAUCCUUCGUGUGAAGGAUCGAGACGAAUUCCCCAUGCUCAUGGUUGGGAAUAAGGCAGACUUGGAGUCGCAAAGAGUGGUAUCACUAGAGGCGGCUCAAGCCCUCUCGCGUCAGUUGAAGGUUCCAUAUAUAGAAUGUAGUGCGAAGGCGCGCAUGAACGUGGACCAGGCGUUCCACGAGCUGGUGAGGCUCGUCCGCCGCUUCCAGGAGGCCGAGAGGAUCAACAACAAAUCAAAUUAUACACCCCACAAGAAACGGACCUGCGUUAUGUUGUAACAGAAGACUGUGGUUGUAUACACAUGAGUGAAGUUGUACUAAGCAUAAGUACAUAAUUAUAUUUAUAUUGAACAAUAUUUUGUAUAAAAAAAAUAUUUUGUUCAUUUCAAUAGUUACAUUGUAUUUUUGUAUUCACUCGAGUGAUUUUUGUUUAUAUUCCUUAUGCGAUAAGGUAUUUAUUUUCAAUAUUUUUUUAGGUUAUCUUUAAGUAAUGUUUAGUUAUUAUUUUGUUGAUAGAGACUAAGGCUGCUGAUAUACAGUCGGUUUGUUGUCAAGUUGAUCUAUUGCAAUUAACAUUUGUGAACUCCCAUUAAGCAAUUGGUUGUCUCGCCCAUUUUGAAAAUAGUCUAACUGUGUAUUAGCAGCCUAAAAUGUAGUCAAUCUGUGUUAAAAUAAUUUAAUUAUAAUUCAAUAAUUUAAUUUUUAUUUUCUAUGAUUAAGUUUGAGAAUUUGACAUGAUUUAACUUUGAUUUUUGUUUACUCUACAUCAGCCCUAGGUUGAAAUGUAAACAGAAUGUUGUAGAAGAGAGGUUAUGAUUUGUAAACUAGAUUAUUAUAUCAUUCCUACAUCACAACUUGCUAUACACAUAAAAAUAAUGUUAAGAAUUUGUUUAAACUUAUGGGGACUAUAAACAGUCAAGCUACCAUAGGCAGUUUCCAGGUUGUAAAACAGAGAUGGCGCUGCUUGAUCUAGAUGCUUGGCCGUCUAUGGGCUGUCAAUAUUUAUCAUAUUUAUUUUCGUAAUCAGUUUGUCUAUGGUGCCAUACCAAAAUCACCAAAUAGCUGUAAAUAUGACUUAUGGCUUUAAUGUUCCGUAUUAUUUUCUCUUUUUAUUUCUUUCGUUGUUCUGCGUGAGUGUGGGAAAGAGACAAAGUAUAAUUUUCCUAAUUAUUGUUGUUAAAGUAAAACUAAAUAUUCUUAUUAAGAAAUAAAUACAUAUAACUGAAGAGAAUUAGGCCAAAAAGUAAAGUCUAUCUUUCAUUUUCUGACUUCUUUAGACUAUGGUCGUCUAUGGAAAUUGUAAAGCGACUAAUUACACAAUAAGUUUCGCAAGUCCCACAGAUCCAAAAAAUCGUUAUAUGUUUUUUUUACAUUUGCAACGAACCUAUUCGUCACUCGGGUAGACCAAUAUAUAACUACAAAUUGUUAAGCACAUAUAUAAAGGUGCUAUAUAAUACCUAGCUAAUAUAUUACACAUUUCUUUUUUAUAUAUAUGACAUAGGAUACAAUCCUUUGUUUAUUUUUUGUUAUAUUUUUUAUUCUACAAGCGAAAAUUUACGAAAACAUAUUAACACUCGAAUAAAAUAAAUAUACGAGAUUGAAAUAGAUUUUUUUAUUUCCAAAACUAAUACUAAAGUUUAUUUUCGCUUGUAUUUUUUUAAUAAAUAAAUAAAUAUUAAAUAGAGUAUUGUAAUAACAUUAAAUAAGUUGUGUAUGGAUAAUCGUAUUGUAAAUUAUAAAGUUUGUAAUAUAAGUAUAAGAAAACUGUAAGAAUGACGUGUGAUUACGUCUCGAAACCAAAUACUAAUUUGUAUUAUUUUCUUUAAUAUUUUUCCGACAGUUAUUUACUUAUGUUUAACGUUUGAAAUUUUUUCGAAUGGUCACUCUUUGAAUGGGGACCAUAUUUAAUUAAAUAACUAAAAUGUUAUAGUAAUCUACUAAUAUCCGAGAAUAUACAUUUAAAUAGUAUAAUUUUAUUAAAAAUAUUACAGUUACAAAAUUCAUUCAAUUGUACUAACUAUAUUUUUUUUCGGAGUAGUCCAAUUUCGAAAAAAAUUUAAUAGGUAUAUACAUUUUUUUAAUUCGCUAUCAAUAGCAUGUGUGAGACCACAAAUAGUCUGCUAUAUAGCACAAUAAUUGUGGUCUCACACAUGUUAAUGCUUCCAGUACUAGAGUAGUCUGGUUACUGAACUGUAGUGGUGGUCAAGUUUCUGCACUGAAUAUUUGUGGUCUCACACAUGCUAAUGGUAGCAGAAUUAAACAAAAUAAUAUAAAUCCAUUAUAUAAUGAAAUUCUGAAAUUAAAAAUAAUAAUUUCACAAAGUAUAAACAUUUUUCUAAAAGAUUAUUAGGUCCAAUAUUUAAAUGAUAGACUCAAAUUAUUAAAAAUACAUUUGUAAUCGAAAACAAUUUUUCUGACGAUACUAAUUUCUAUAAGCAUGUUUCUGAUUACACUACUGAUAUAAAAUUUUGUAUUCCACAUAUUGAAACGAUAGUCCUUACGAUGUAUAAUAGUAUUAUAAACGAAACCGAAGUUUUUGAUGUGUAUAUUUACCCAAGGUUCCUAUGUGAAUUUUGUUGAUUUCAUAUGGGAAUCUUGCAAACAGUAGGGACUUAAUGUUAGAAAGAGAUGUAAUGUAUAUUUUUAUAUGGUAGUAAAAUUGGUCUUUACGCAGUUUUUUGCUGAGCGAACACAACGCAAUUCCAAUCAGAUAGUGUUGCAAGUAAAAAAAUAAUUUAAAUUAUUUUUAAAUAGAUAGAUAAGACGUUUGGUAUCCUUCAAAUUACGUAUAUAAAUGUGGACAAUAUAUAAAUAUACAUAAUUUUACAGUUAUAGUAUGUAUUAUUUCGCAUUAUAAAGGUCGUAAGUUCAGUAUGGAAGAUUGUUCAGGGACAGUGCGGUUUCAGAUGAAAUUUCUCCCGCAUACAUUUAGAUUAUGGAAUUAAUUACCUGCCGAGGUUUUCUCGAGAGCUACGGUAACCGUUUACCAUCACAUGGACCGUAGGCUUGUUUGCCACCAUCGUAGUAUAAAAAAAGCAAUAGCAGCGUAAUGGUACCACGUUAUCACAUG